AUGUUUAGUCAGCACUCUGUCCUUAGUAAAUAUUGGAGAAUUCACAUUGGUGAUAAACGCUACAAAUGUGGUGAAUGUGGCAAAACUUUCAGUGCUCAUUCAUACUUUAUUCAGCAUUAUAAAAUUCAUACUAGAGAAAAACCCUAUCAGUGUAAUGAAUGUGGGAAAGUUUGUAGUACAUGCUCAUCUUAUAUUCACCACCUUAAAGUUCAUACUGGAGAGAAGCCCCAUGAGUGUGAUCAGUGUGGGAAAGCUUUUAGUCAUAGCUCUAAUCUGAUUCAUCACCAGAGAAUUCAUACUGGAGAGAAAACUUACAAGUGUAAAGAAUGUGGGAAAGCCUUCACUAGACAGGCACACCUUAUUCAGCAUCAGAGGAGUCAUUCUGGAGAGAGACCCUAUGACUGUAAUGACUGUGGCAAAGCCUUUAGUGCACAUGCUCGUCUAUCUCUUACCCAACAUCAGAGGAUUCAUACUGGAGAGAAACCUUAUGGGUGUAAUGAGUGUGGGAAAACCUUCAGUCAAAAGGGACAUCUUAUUCAGCAUCAACGAAUUCACACUGGAGAGAAACCGUAUGAGUGUAAUGAGUGUGGAAAAGCUUUUAGUCAGAGUUUUAAUCUUAUUCACCAUCAAAGAACACACAAUGGUGAGAAGCCCUAUGAAUGUAAUCAAUGUCAUAAAGCCUUCAGUGUACUUUCUUCCCUCAUUCAACAUCAGAGAGUACAUAAUGGAGAGAAACCCUAUGAGUGCCACAAAUGUGGGAAGGCUUUUAGCCAGGGCUCCCAUCUUAUUCAAGAUCAAAGGAGUCACACUGGAGAGAAGCCCUAUGAGUGUAAUGAGUGUGGGAAAACGUUUGGACAAAUAUCUACCUUAAUUAAGCAUGAGAGAACACAUAAUGGAGAGAAACCCUAUGACUGUAAUGAUUGUGGGAAAGCAUUCAGUCAGAGUGCCCACCUUAUUCGCCAUCAAAGAAUCCACACUGGAGAGAAUCCCUAUGAAUGUAGUGACUGUGGGAAAGCCUUCAAUGUUCGCUCUUCUCUCAUUCAACAUCAUAGAAUUCACACUGGCGAGAAGCCUUACGAAUGUAGUGAGUGUGGUAAAGCCUUCAGUCAGCAUUCACAGUUUAUUCAGCAUCAGAGAAUUCACACUGGAGAGAAACCUUACAUGUGCAAUGAAUGUGAAAAAUCCUUCAGUGUGCGCUAAUCCCUUAUACAACACAAGAGAAUUCACACUGGAGAGAAACCCUAUGAAAGCAUUGAAUGUGGAAAAUCUUUCCGACAAACCUCUCACCUUAUUCGACAUCAGAGAAUUCACAGUGGAGAGUGACCUUAUACGUGUAAUGAAUGUGGGAAGACUUUCCGUCAAAGAAUAACUCUUACUAGUCAUGAGAAAAUUCAUAAAAUUCAUCUGAGAGAACAAGCUUAUCAAUGUAAUACAUGCGAGGAACCCUUUAGUGCACAGUCAGCUGUAACUCAGCAAUGUAAAGUUCAGAGUGGAGAGUAA